GCUACUUAAAUGAAUUUGUUAUCUUAUUAUCACAACUUGCAAUAAGAUUCCAACUUGCUAAUUACGUUCGAAAAGUCUUGGUCUUCCAAUAUGUUAUUUAGUUUAAUGAACACCAAACUUUUCUAUGAUUGUUAUUGAAUUAAUAUUGUUGCCAAUUGUCAUAUCACUAUACGGUUAUGAAAAGCACCCCACAUUAAAACAAGGGAAUAGCUAGACUGAAUUUGUAAACAAUCUAAUAAGUCAGACUUUUUGGUCCUUGCCCCUUAGUUUCAAGUUAUGUUUCCUAUAUAAAUAGAGGCUAAUCAUUUGGUAUAUCCUAAAUCAUCAAAGUAAAAAAAGAGAAUCGGUGUAAGUUGCUCUAAAUGGGGUCCUUUUUUAUUCUUUUGCCUUGUUUUGCCCUUCACUUGUUCUCGUUGUUGUUGCUUACUCACUUUACUACCCACACUUUCUCAUUAUGCAACCAUCAUGACACCUCUGCCUUAUUACAAUUCAAAAACUCUUUUCUUCUCAACACUUCAUCUCAACCCAAUCCGUACUUUGGUUGUUUCUCUUUUUCUUUCAAGACAGAAUCUUGGGAAAACAGUACAGAUUGUUGUGAGUGGGAUGGUGUCACGUGCGACACCAUGUCAGAUCACGUGAUUGGUCUGGACCUCAGUUGCAACAAUCUGAAAGGUGAAUUACAUCCCAAUAGCACCAUCUUUCAGCUUAAACACCUUCAACAACUCAACUUGGCUUUUAAUCAUUUUUCUGAGUCUUCAAUACCUAUUGGUAUUAGUGAUUUAGUGAAACUCACACAUCUAAACCUAUCAUACUGUGACCUCAGUGGUAAUAUUCCUUCCAAAAUCUCUCAUUUGUCAAAAUUAGUAUCCCUUGAUCUUAACAAUUAUGAUUCUUUGGAACUCAAUCCAUUCGCAUGGAAGAAACUCAUUCAUAAUGCUACUAAUUUAAGGGAGCUUCAUCUGAAUGGAGUGAAAAUGUCUUCAAUUGGAGAGAGCUCUUUGUCGUUGUUAACGAAUUUGUCAUCUUCUUUGGUUUCUCUUAGUCUAGCAUCCACUCAGUUGCAAGGAAAUUUGUCAAGUGACAUCCUCUCUUUACCUAAUCUUCAAAGAUUGGAUUUGUCAUUUAAUCAAAACCUUAGUGGUCAACUUCCAAAGUCCAACUGGAGCACUCCUCUAAGGUACUUGAACCUCCGUUUAUCUGCUUUCUCAGGUGAAAUUCCUUAUUCCAUAGGUCAAUUGAAGUCUCUUACUCAAUUAGACCUUUUAGGUUGCAAUUUUGAUGGGAUGGUUCCUCUAUCUUUGUGGAACCUCACUCAACUAACAUAUUUGGACCUUUCAAGAAAUAAACUUAACAGUGAGAUUUCACCAUUACUUUCAAACCCCUCACACCUCAUUUAUUGUGACCUUGGAUAUAAUAACUUUAGCGGUAGCAUUCCAAAUGUUUAUCAAAAUUUAACCAAAUUGGAAUAUUUAUCACUUUCCUCCAACAGCCUAACAGGCCAAGUUCCAUCAUCACUUUUUCAUCUACCCCACCUUUCUCAUUUAGAUUUAUCAUUUAACAAACUAGUUGGCCCAAUUCCAAUUGAAAUUACAAAACGUUUAAAAUUGAGCUAUGUGGGUCUAGAAUAUAACAUGUUAAAUGGAACAAUUCCACAGUGGUGUUAUUAUUUGCCUUCAUUGUUAGAGUUGUACCUCCAUUACAACCAUCUCACAGGGUUCAUUGGUGAGUUUUCAACAUAUUCUUUUCAAUCUUUGACUCUCUCAAAUAACAACCUAGAAGGUCAUUUUUCAAAUUCAAUAUUUCAACUCCAAAAUCUUACUGAAUUAGAUUUGUCAUCAACAAACUUGAGUGGUGUUGUGGAUUUUCACCAAUUUUCAAAACUUAAAAAUCUAAUUCUCCUCAAUCUUUCGCACAAUAGUUUUCUUUCUAUCAACACUAAUAGCAGUGCUGACUCCAUCUUACCCAACCUUGAGAUGUUAGAUUUAUCUUCUGCUAAUAUUAAUAGUUUUCCUAAAUUCCACGCACAAAAACUUCAAACAUUAGAUCUCUCCAAUAACAACAUUCAUGGGAAAAUUCCCAAAUGGUUUCAUAAGAAGCUCUUAAACACAUUGAAUGAUAUUGCCCAUGAAAUUAGUUACAUUGACCUCAGUUUCAACAAAUUGCAAGGAGACAUUCCAAUUCCAUCCGAUGGCAUUGAAUACUUUUUGCUCUCAAACAACAACUUCGCAGGAGACAUUUCUUCAAAAUUGUGCCAAGCAAGCUCCAUGAACGUGCUCAAUUUGGCCCACAACAAAUUGACAGGCAUAAUUCCAAAAUGCCUGGGAACAUUUCCUUUUCUUUCCGUUUUGGAUAUGCAAAUGAACAACCUUAAUGGAAGCAUGCCUAAAACUUUUUCCAGAGGAAAUGCCUUCGAGACUAUAAAGUUGAAUGGCAACCAAUUAGAAGGACCAUUACCUCAAUCUUUGGCUCACUGUACAGAACUCAAAAUUUUGGACCUUGGAUACAACAACAUAGAGGAUACAUUUCCCAAUUGGCUAGAAACUCUACAAGAGUUACAGGUACUCAGUUUAAGAUCAAAUAAACUUAAUGGUUCAAUCACCUGUUCUAACACCAACCAUCCUUUUUCUAAGUUAAGAAUUUUUGACAUCUUCGGUAACAAUUUUAGUGGAUCCUUGCCAACAUCAUGUAUCAAGAACUUUCAAGGAAUGAUGAAUGUGAAUGAUAGCCAGAUUGGUUUGCAAUACAUGGGUAAGAACAAUUACUAUAAUGAUUCUGUGGUGGUCACAAUGAAAGGUUUUUCUAUGGAGCUAACAAAGAUAUUGACUACUUUCACAACUAUUGAUUUAUCAAAUAACUUGUUUGAAGGAAAAAUUCCUCUAGUCAUUGGAGAAUUAAAUUCUCUCAAAGGUCUUAACCUUUCAAACAAUAGAAUCACAGGUACCAUUCCACAAUCUUUGAGUAAAUUGAGACAUUUGGAGUGGUUAGACCUCUCAAAAAACCAGUUGACGGGUGAAAUUCCUGUGGCUUUGACAAAUUUGAAUUUCCUAUCAUUCUUGAACCUUUCAAACAACCACCUUGAGGGAGUCAUACCUACGGGUCAACAAUUUGCUACAUUUGAAAAUGAUUCCUAUGAAGGAAAUACAAUGUUAUGUGGAUUCCCAUUGUCUAAAUCAUGCAAAAACGAGAAAGAUCUGCCACCACAUUCAACAUCUGAAGACGAAGAAGAAUCAGGAUUUGGCUGGAAAACGGUAGUGAUCGGAUAUGGAUGUGGGGCAAUAUUUGGGUUGCUGUUGGGAUAUAAUGUAUUCUUCUUCACUGGAAAACCCCAAUGGCUUCUUAGACUUGUUGAGCAUACGUUUAACAUAAGAAUGAAAAGAACAAACAAUUGAGUCUAUUUCAGGUUGUUUGUAAUUUGUGCCUAUCUGUUUGAGUAAUGUAGUAUUAUAUCUUCUCAAAUUAUUAUGUC